AUGAAGGCGUUCAAAUGGAUUAUUCUGACUACAGUCUCAAUACUGGCUUGUGGUGUUCGAUGCGUCACGUGCGGAAAUGCUAGCGAUCACCACGCAGACAAAAACUGUGACCUGAGUUUUGAGAAGACCGACGUGUCAGUGAAAACGUGGGAAUUAAAUCUGUUGGCCAGUGGUUACCAGCUGCGUACAAACUUGGGAUACUACAAACUGUACACGACUUCCUUGAAAUGGGGUCAAGCGUGGAAAAAGUGCGAAGCCGACGGAACUCAUCUUCUGAUCAUAAACUCGGAAACAGAAGCUCAGGCAGUUAGGGAAAUUGUGUCCUCAUAUCCUUCUCAAUACGCUUACAUCAUUGGUUUCCAUGACUAUUUCCUAGAAGGCUAUUAUGUUUCAAUUCACGGAAUGAGAUUGGAAGACGAGGGAUACAGCAAAUGGGGAAGUGGACAACCUGACAACUGGAAAGGCUCAGAGCAUUGUGGGGCCAUGAGAAAAGAUGGAUCACUAGCAGAUGUCCACUGCACUUACUCUAUGUGGUUCAUCUGUGAGCAUGAGAUAUGA